AUGGGCCAAAAUAACAGCAAAAGGGUCAUUUCCCUGUUGGAGAAGGCGAGUGACGAAAAAUGGACCGACGCCGACUGGUACGGCGAAUUGUCAUCCCUGGGAGGGGACCUGCACAGCCAGGAGGACUUCUCCCUCUCGAAAAGGGUCAUAGACGAUGAGAAGUGCCUCAGAAUUUUUUUCAACUUUUUGAUGAGCACGUUGCGGAGGUUGAUACAGAAGGGUUCCACGGGAUGCCUAGAUGAUUGCAAAGCAUGUGUAAACAUAUGCCUCAUGGUGCUCCCAGUCCUACAGUACAACAGCCACAAAAGGGAAGUUUUGGACCUGCUGUGGAGAGAAAAUCGUGUAGAGUGCCCUCCCCAACCCUCCUACGAAUGCACGAGCAAUGUGCUGAUCCUCCACCUGUACAACUUCUUCCUGCUCGCCUUAUUCACGGAGGGUGUGUGCAUUCGGGGAGGAAGAGGCGACACGUCGGCGGCCACACACCAUGAGGAGGACGUGGAGGAGGUCCACCAACCGAAGGAGACCCCCCUACCCGUGAACUCAGUGGAUGUAAGCAAACUGUGGUUGCACAAGUUCUCCAUUCAUGAGAGGGUCAAAUAUGAGAGGAGUGAAUCUGGCGAGCUGGGAAGCGAAAAGUGCCCACACAGUGGUGAGCAUACCGAUGGGAAAGAAGAAGGGGAUCCCCCACUGGUUGCGAGCAAAGACGAGGGUCACAACAUUAACAGCUUCGACGAUGGAAGGCACUCCAAACUGGGCCCCAAGUGCUCAGACGUCAGCGACAGCGGCAAUGCUAGUACCACCUCCCCUGGGGAGGCCAACUCAACUAAUGAAAUUUCGAACAGUGAGGUCUGCUUAAAAUGUCACAAGGCAGACGAGAUGACGACGAGUCAUUUGAAGAGGAACCCAAGCAGCGUCGAUGUAGCACCCACACACAGUAACGGUAUAGACCUCGAAUUAAUAAAAAACAGAAGCGCCAUUUUAAAGUGCCUCCUAAUUCUGCUAAGCUCGUAUGUCUAUUUGGACGAAGGGAAGUACCUAAAAGAGAAAAAUCUUUUCCUUUUUCUCUUUACAAGUGGGGAGGUUUGCUUCACUGCGAAUUUUUUCCUCUCCCUUUUGACCGUCAUAUAUGACAAUGAAUUUAAUUACUUCAGUUUUUACUUUUACGAUAAGAGCUAUUUGGAGUUUUACAAUUUAUGCAUUCACGUUUUGAACCUGCUGGUUGAUUUUAGUCCCUUCGUUUUGGAGGACCGCAAGCGGGUGCACUACGUGAGUGGCGCGGCGAGGCACUUCAACAGCAGUGCGCAGGUGGGAGAAGCGCACAGGGGAGAAGCACACAUAGGGGAAGCGCACAUAGGGGAAGCGCACAUGGGAGAAGAACCCAGGGGGGAGACCCACCCCCAAAGCUGCAGCACCCGCAGCAGCCACUCGCCAAACCAGAGCGCAAACGAACCAAUAAAGUGGGACGACACGCUGGUGACGCAUGGCGAAAGCGGGGAGGAGGACAAGUCAGACACGGACAAAAGCACCAAGGGGGAGGAGCACCCGCUCGACAAGGAAGAGCAAAGAAGCCACGAAACGGUCGCGAAUUUACCUGCCGAUUUUAUCAUCCUUGGUGAGUCCUCGGAUGAGUCGUGCAACUCAUCAAGCACGUGCACAGACGCGGAGCAAAAUGGCUACCUGAACAAUAGUGAAAAAAAAAAAAAAAAAAAAAAAAAAAAAUUCCCGCAACUGGAGCACCUUAUGAAGAAGCGAAAAUUUUACUUAAAUGAAAUUAAUCAACAGGUGAAAAACACAGAUGAGGACGUUUACUACGAUUACUUAAAAAAGCAAAAGGAGUCCAAAAAGCUGCGCUCCAGUAAUGUGUACCUGGAAAUGCUGCGUAAAUUGGACAUCACCAACAUUUCGUACAUUUACAAAGGAACGUUAAACAUACUGAUAAGUUACAAGCUGUACUACGAACAUUAUGAGGAGCAGGUUUUGUUCCUUCACAAUUAUUUGUGCCUGCUGUGGCACUUGAUGGAUAACAACCGGCUGUUUAUUAGGCACAUGAAGGACCACAAUAGCAGCUUGUUCCUCUUUUACAUUCUCUACAUACUGGUCUGCUUUAACCACCACCGGAAGCGGGAGAUGCAGGCCCUGGCCGACCUGCGCAAGCGCGAGAAGGCGGUCGCUGCGAUUGGCAGCACGGUCGGUAGCGCCGUUAGCAGCACCGCUGACGUCGCCGCUAACGCCGCCGCUAAUCCUGGCUGCCACACCGAGCAGCCGCACCUCUACCACAACGGCAGCUUCAACCAGUCGGGCAAGUGCGACGAGUUCAACGUGCGCAAGAUAGACGGCCUGAUUUACAUCUGCCUUUUCAUAAUCCUGAAGGUGUCGUCCAACGCGACCAUUUGCAAAAACCUCAACCAAAAGUACGACCAGAAAAUUAAGGUGAAGUUCCCCCUAAGAAACGUCUACCAGUUUGACUCCUACGUGGACUUCCUAGUGUACGCCUUAUGCAUGCUGAUCAACGACAACAUUUUUUUCCUAAAAUUCGAGCGAAUCAUCGAUAUGUCCAUCACCAUCCUGACGAAUGUCAGCGUUUACAUCAAGUCCAUGAACACCUAUUCUUGCGAGAGCAUAAUUAAUAUUUUAAAAAAAGUUUUAAAAAAGGAAUGGCUCCUCUCAUCCCAACAUCAUUACUAUUCGCUUUUCCUUAUGCUCGAUUUUAUAAACAACAUCCUAUCGCACAACUUGAACGAUAACUACAAUUUGAUUUACAUGAUCAUAAAGAACAAGGACGUCUUUUUCUCCAUUCACAACUUGGACCAGGUGUUAAAGGAUAACUACCUCUCUGUCUCCAGCCCCCCCGCCGAUCACUGGGUACCCACCGAAAGUUGGCUAGUCAACUGGAAGAACAAGCUGCCCCUGCAGUUCAUCGACAGCAUAAUUUAUGACUUGGCGAAUCUGAUCGAAGAAGAGUGUGACGAAAGGGAAAUACUGGACUACAACGAUGUCGUAAAUUUAAUUAAAAACCACUGCUCGACCAUAAAAAAUAACAAAAUCCCCUUCAUCAUAAGGAAGUACGAGAAGAACAUUCUUCUCUCCAAGUGGGUCACCAGCUACAUGUACUUUCUCUUGUUCUCCCACAUGUACAAGGAGAAUCUGUUCAUAAACGGGGGUAUUAAGUUUAUAUUUUAG